GACCUGGAACAGUCUGUCACAUGCAUAGAUCAGAUGAGGAACCACAACAUUUCCAGUCUAAAGAAAACAUGAUUCACAUCUACCUUGCCUGCCUUUUUACAUUUUCAAAUGCCCUGUUUGCUAACCAUAUCGGUACACCAAUAAAAACAAACGAAAGACCAAUAAUAGGUGUUCUUGCCCAGGAAGUGUAUGACCCGCCGCCUCAUAGAAACUCAUAUAUCGCGGCGUCCUACGUUAAGUUUCUGGAAUCUGCUGGCGCUCGUGUUGUGCCUCUGAUGAUAAAUAAGUCUGAUGAUGAGUACAGAAGGCUCUUCAAAUCCAUAAAUGGAGUCCUUUUUCCUGGAGGUGGAGCCAGUUUAGAAUCAUCUGGCUAUUCCAAAGCAGCUAGCAUUUUCUACAGACUUGCUCUUGAGGCCAAUUCAAAUGGUGAUUAUUUCCCUGUAUGGGGAACCUGUUUAGGAUUUGAACUUCUCACAUUGCUAACAAGUGGAAAGUUGCUGUUGUCCCACACCAACACCAGUGGUAUUGCCUUGCCACUGAACUUCACAGAUGAUGUCAGAGACAGUAGACUGUUCAAAGAUUUUCCUGAAGACCUUAUGAAAUCACUGGAAACAGAAGCCCUCACAGAGAACUCUCAUCAGUGGAGUCUUUCUACAGAGAACUUUACCAAGAGUGAGACCCUGAAAAAGUUCUACAGAAUUUUGAGUACCAACACAGAUGGACAAAAUGAGUUUGUGUCCACAAUGGAAGCAUAUGAUUUCCCUAUCUACGCUACUCAAUGGCAUCCAGAAAAAAAUGCUUUUGAGUGGACUCGGCCCUAUAUUCCCCACUCACCUUCUGCCAUUAAGACCACAUUCUACAUGGCUUACUUUUUUGUGAAUGAAGCAAGGAAAAGUUUUCACUGCUUUCCUAGUACAGAAGAAGAGGAAAAAGCUUUGAUCUAUAACUACAAACCUGAAUACACUGGACCUAAAAGUGCAUUUGAACAGAUCUAUUUUUUUGAUUAGAUGAAUUAUUUUAAUGCACUGAUACCAAUCCUUUUAAUGCACUUUACUACUGUUUUUUUAUUUUAAUUAGUAUUUAAUUUUCAGUUUAGAACUUCACGUACACACGUGACAUGAAAAUGAGUCAAACUGAAUUAUAAUUGAGAUAAAUUAUUAUUGUUCUUUUCAGACAUAUCAAAACUGAAUACUUACCAGACAAUACAAAAACAAUACAUUUUCACAUGAUGAAAUUAUGUAAACAAACAUGUAUACAAAAAUCGUGUAGAAUUUGUAGUGUUAAUAAAAUGCGUGCUUGCAGUGAAUCUGAAUUUCACAAAAACAUUUUUUUUUUUUUUUUACACUUGACCUUAUUGGAAUAGUUUCCAAGGUUGGAGAAGGCACAAAGUGAUUUUUUUUAUGGCUGUGCACUCAUCUCUUAAAGCUAACACAUCUGCUCAUUUAUGUAUACACCUGGACACACAUUAUAUAAAGUAACCCACAACAUACAGUUCGAUGUUCAAUCAUAUUUCUAUAAAAAGUGACUAAGGUCUCCUUUUUUCAGAAAUAAAGAGCAAAUGCAACUCA